UUGUGCUGCGCGUUGCUGGAGAAAGGCAGCGGCCGCGGCAGCACCUGGUGAGGCAAGACGUUGAGUGGCGCUUACUGGUGAAGGACGCGAAGGAUAUCUUGGUGAAGUCCUGAAGGAAGUGGUGUGUCCUGGACGACCUCAACGACCACCACGACCAUGAUGAAGGUGGUGCUCCUAGCGGCGGUGGCUCUGACCGUCGCGGGACUGCCCCAGGGGGAGGAUGAGCGCCACAGGAUCCAGAAGAGAGCUUACCCGCCAGCUGCGUACCCGCCACCACCACAACCACACCCUCAACCACAUCCACAUCCACAGCCCGGCGGCAAGGGCAAGGGAGGCGGUCACGGAGGAAACAAUAAGGGCAGUGGUUAUGCCGGGCUGUUCGGCGGCAAGGGCGGCUUCGGCGGCGGUAAAGGAGGCGGUGAUGGCGGCUACGGCGGCAUCUUCGGCGGCGGUAAAGGAGGCGGCAAGGGUGGCGGAGGUGGCGGCUAUGAUGGCGGCAUCUUCGGCGGCGGCAAAGGCGGCGGCAAGGGUGGCGGAGGUGGCGGCUAUGGUGGCAGCAUCUUCGGCGGCGGCAAGGGCGGCGGCAAGGGUGGUGGAGGUGGCGGCUAUGGUGGCGGCAUCUUCGUCGGCGGCAAGGGCGGCGGUGGCGGAGGCUACGGCGGCGGCAUCUUCGGCGGUGGUAAAGGAGGAGGCAAGGGCGGCGGUGGCGGGGGCUACGGCGGCGGCAUCUUCGGCGGUGGUAAAGGAGGAGGCAAGGGUGGCGGUGGCGGGGGCUACGGCGGCGGCAUCUUCGGCGGUGGUAAAGGAGGAGGCAAGGGUGGCGAUGGCGGGGGCUACGGCGGCGGCAUCUUCGGCGGUGGCAAAGGAGGCGGCAAGGGCGGCAGUGGCGGCGGCUAUGGCGGCGGCUUCGGCGGCGGUAAAGGAGGCGGCAAAGGUGGUGGCGGCGGCGGCUACGGCGGCAUUUUUGGCGGCGGCAAAGGAGGUGGCAAGGGCGGCAGCGGCGGCUAUGGCGGCGGUAAGGGAGGCGGCAAGGGCGGUGGUGGCGGCUAUGACGACGACGGCGGCAAGGGAAUGUUCGAUUUCUUCAAAGGCUUCACCGACAUGUUCAGCUUCGGCGGCGACAAAGGAAAGGGUGGUCGUGACGCCGCCCCCCAGCCCAUCCUUGUGUACGGCCCGCCCCCCACCCAGCAUUACGGCCCCCCACCCAAGGCUUCCUACGGCCCCCCUCCGCCCCCACCUAAGGCUUCUCAUGGUCCUCCUCCCAAAGCCCCUAAGGCUUCUUAUGGCCCACCUCCACCCCCUAAGGCUUCAUACGGUCCCCCGCCCAAAGCACCAAAGGCUUCUUACGGCCCACCUCCUCCCCCACCAAAGGCUUCAUAUGGCCCUCCUCCAAAGGCUCCCAAGGCUUCUUAUGGUCCACCUCCUCCCCCACCUAAGGGUUCAUAUGGUCCUCCUCCUAAGGGUUCUUAUGUCCCUCCUCCUUCUCCUCCCAAGGCUUCCUACGGCCCACCUCCUCCACCACCCAAGGGCUCAUAUGGUCCCCCUCCUAAGGCCCCCGAGGCUUCAUAUGGCCCACCUCCUCCCCCACCUAAAGGUUCAUAUGGCCCCCCUCCUAAAGGCUCCUUCGUACCCCCUCCUUCCCCUCCCAAGGCUUCCUAUGGACCUCCUCCUCCUCCCGCUAAGGGCCACGGCACACCAUCCGUUGCCUAUGGUGCCCCCAAACCAGUGGAUAUAGUGGUUCCUCAGGAGUCCUACGGGCCACCUCUACCUCCUCCUAAAGGUUCCUACGGUCCACCACCACCACCACCACCACCGCCAUCAGAUAGCUAUGGCUUGCCCUCUGAUCCCCUUCCUAUAGAAUCCAACACUUAUUCAGCCCCACCUCCCCCUCCUCCUCUCUACUCCGGGGACUCAGACGGCCGUGGGUCCAGCCAUGUUCAGAAGGGCAGUUUCGUCCCCGAUGGAUCUCCUAUCACCCCCAACUACAACAGGCCUCUUCCCUCCAAGCCAGACUGUGAGGCCUGCGAUGUGUUCCCCUGGGUCCCUGUGGAGGAUAUUGCCCCUGUCCCCGCAGCCUAUAGCCCCCCCAGUGGUGCUCCCCAUUGGCGCCUCUCCUUGAUGUUCGCUCGCCGUUUGACAAUGUGGUUUCGUCGAGCGAUGGAGGAUCACAGGAGGCAAUCUUCAUCACCGGAGACGUGGCGUAACACCGAGACACGAGACCCGCGCAUGGAUCUCACGACUCACGGCUCUGGCGGCGACGUGAUCACCACUCAGGAUAUUUUGGGGAAGGAGCCUCUCUUUCUUGAGGACGGUGAGGACUCUCCAACUCGCCUUGUACAGUCAGCUGCUCUUGUGCGCUUGCUUGCUACACCGAUACCAGUCUCCAGCCCCGCCAGCGCCUCUCAAAGCCCCGAUCACGUCACAGACACUCCAGCUGGUGAUGCAGGCACUGAAAGUCUAAGUACCAUAGGAAACCUCACCACCACACCACUGCCACAGCCUCUUACCAACACAUCAUCACCAGUUACGAAUGUUACAAGAACGUUUACUACUACAGCACCACUGCUCCACACUAUCACGGUAUUAGCCUCGUCCUUCAGCACCACAACGCCACCAUCACCACUCACUGCAGCCUCGUCGCAUGGCACUAGUAACCCUCUCCGUAGCGAUGGCGGUGACCUGCUGAAGGCAGACUCGAUCAGCGGCCGGGAAGGCCUCAUUGCCGCCUUAAUAACAUCACCGCUGCCUGGUGAGAAACUUAGAAAGCCUUCUGAAGAUGCGGUGACGGCUGGCAGUGGCGUCAGCAACAACAGCCAUGUCCUUAGUUUAGAUGUGACACAACUCCACGCUCCGAGGAACAAUGAAACAGAGACUUUCAGGCCAAGGGACGAGGACGUGCGAGGAGACGAGGACGUGACAGAUAUGCGGCAGGACAGGGAAUCAAAAGGAGAUCCUGAUAGCGGCACGCCCUCACAGCACCCUGUACCGCCAGUGUUAACCUCUGCAGUUCCUCCCCGCCACAAUUCUAAAAAUAUAUUCAUAAAUAACAUUUUUUCUGUACACAGUCUUCCCCAUCAGUCAUCCGUCGUUGUCCUACAUCAGGAUCAGACGCCAAACCUUGUGGUCUCUAGACGCCCCGCGCAGCCCACGGUCCAGCCACCCCCAUCUUCUGCGCCAGUUACCCAGACUCACCAAGCAAACGGUCUCCAUCCACCACAGCCAGUCACGCCCUUGACAUUCACGACACCCGUUCCUCUCUCGAGGGGGUCCCCUGAGAACACUGACCCUCGUCACAAGGAAGACUCUCCUGAAGGAUUCCUCACUCCAUCUCCCAAAAUUGAGAGUUUCUCCCGGCAUCCAAUUCGUGGAUUUGUUGUUAAUGAAAACAUCUCGGUUCAAAGCUUAACCAAGGCUCCGCCUACAAACAUCUGGAGGAUUCCUGGCAACCUCUCUGCUGGAGAACCUCAGCAACCUUCAUCCACCAUCUCUGCCGAUGCCAACAUGUCCACGAGGAAACCGGAGGCAGAAUCUGGUGGUGGCGGCAUGGCUUUGGCCAUCACCAAGCCGUCCCAUGCUGACUCUGAGACAUGGCACGCCUCUCAUGCACGCCCUCUUUCUCUCUUGUCCAAAGACACAUUGGCACCUUCCUCACAACAUUGGCAAAAUGAGCAAGUCCAUCAUCGGAUGGCACUCAGAUCCCAGGGCGAGGACGAGACCUCAGUUGUGCUCGGCAGUCGAAUUAAGGAGCUACUUUCUAAAUUCUUCACUAAUCCAGAAACAUCUAUGGAGGAUAACGAGCAGACAAGUUCAUCAGUUGAGAAAAGAGGACCGCCCAGCGUCCCUCGGAACAUGGCUCCUAGACCUCUCUUCUCCCUUGUUCAACGCCGACCUCUUGUAGCCGAGCAGGGAGGCGUCAGGCUGUCCCCUUUGUCCACCGGUGGGAGGAGGUUGACAUCCCAGACAUCUAGAUAUAAAAUCGUGACAAAGCAAAGUGACGGAUCGGGAAGGAUGGAGUCAACGUUUACUAGGGAAUCACCGCGCCCUUCACAACAUCGUGGCAACGUUCCUAUAUCUAACACCAAAUUAAACUCUGGUUUACAACCUUCCAGGCUUCUGAUAAACUCGCCAACAACGUUUGCUCAUGACAACACACAAAAACAAAAAAAUUCUCCCUUCUCUAGCCAAGAAGAACAGAGGCCACAGUUCACUAGCAGCAGCCUGCCGCCUCCUUACCUACUGCUCCAUCUUCCAUACCUGUUCAGGGGCAACAAGAGCCUCGAUACCAACAGGAAAAUAUUAGUGCCUCUGUGCCUCUUGCCGACAUCCUCAGGAGCUAAGCUGCUGCAAAAACAAGACCUCUCCUUUCCUUCCUCGACCUCCAGUACUCCGCCAUCCACAGCCCCCCGUUCUUCUCACCGUCGCCUGGGGGACAGUACUGACAGCAGCAACCAAUAUCAACAGCUUCCUGAGAGAAGAAACACAGUGCAAACUUAUGAGGAACCAGCGCUGGCCGCAGGACCUAGCGUCACCGGUGCAGUGCUGGAUGCCAAGCAGCCAGAUCAUCAACAUUGGAGAGCCAGUCUUCGUGAGUCAGUCCACAGGCGAGGCGCAGCUUGGAGGGAGUAUAGGUUUUCCGACCCUGUGUUCAAAACUGUUUCGGAGCCUCAGUUCAUUUCUGUUUCGGAACCACAGUUUGCUUCCCAACCGGAAGUCACUAGCCUGGUGACGGCGACACAGCCUGACGCCACCGUCGCUGGCAUCGAUGUGAGGGUCGUUCAGAAUCCCAACCUCCAAUUCUCGCAACCACUGGAGGCUGGAACACAUGGUGGAGCGCUGCACGAGGUAGCGGCCCCUCAGAUCAUUCAGCGGGACGUGGGAGUGGAAGUCGUGAAUGCUGGACUCCCUCAGUUUGUUGACCAGACGCGAGGUGAUGCUGGAGACAGUAUAUUUGUUGAGAUCAGCGAGCCUCAGUUCAAAUCAGUUUCCCAACCAGAAUUUAUCUCAAUCUCUGAAGCGAAUAUUGUUUCUGCUGGGCAGUCUUCACCAUCUGCUGAACUGACUAACGCUUUUCCCAACAUCCAAGAGCUGAAUGUAAAUACAGUGGUUGGUGCCCCAGUCUUCGUUGACUCGUCGCAGGGACAAGCCGGCGAAUCUCAGUUUGUAUCUCUGUCAAAUCCCCAGUUCAAGACCGUGAGCCAAGGGCAGACAAUAUUUCAGUCUGAGCCUCAGAUAGUGAGCUUUGACGAUUCUCUUGAGUCUCGAGAAGUGAUCACCAGUGGAAGUUCAAUCUCUCCUGGAAAUCUUAUCGGAUCAUUCCAGUCCCAAGUUGGUAACCCAGUGCUUGUUGAUUCCUCACAGGGACAAGCCGGCCAGUCCCAGUUUGUGUCCUUGUCCAGUCCCCAGUUCAAGGGUGUGAGCCAAGACCAGAUCAUCUUCCAGUCCGAGCCUCAGAUUGUGGGCUUUGAUGAUUCCCAUGAGGUGAUCACUGGUGGAGGAUCCAUCUCUUCUGGAACCCUAAUCGGAUCAUUUGAGACUGAACUGGAAGACGAUUCCUUUGAUUCCCAAGAGUUUGUGUCCUUCUCGCCCGGUGCCUCUGUUUUGUCUGGGAAUCUAGUUGGGUCUAUCACCAGCGGUGUGUCACUGCCUCAGCCAUUGCACAUUGAUGACCACUCACAGGAAUCUUCUGUCCUACCUGCACACUUGGUGGGUCAAACAUUCGGCAGUCACUCAGUGUUAAAAGAUCACUCAGACAGUGAAGAGUCUUUCACCUUUGUUCAGGAGCCUUCAGUCAUACCAGGAAAUCUCAUAGGUCAGUCCAUCAGUGGUCCACCCUCAAUACGCGAAGACCGCUCUCAUGGUGGCAAGUCUCUUGGUUUUUCCCAGCCUGCUGUUGUAUUACCAGGGAACUUAGUGGGCCAGUCAUUCCAAACGCAGAACGAUUUCCACUUGUCCCAAAAACCACAGCCCUUCAGCAGCGGAAGCUCUGUUCUUACCGGACACCUUGUUGGGUCUACCUUCAGUCAGACUGGUGGGUCACAAUCUCAGUUCACGGAAAGCUUAAACUCAGCACCUGAAGCAUCUGGAGGGAGUGCGAUCACCGCUGCCCAACCACUGUUCGUAUCCCAGCCUGAGUUACUAGAGUCCACUUUCUCCUCGGCCCUCAGCCAAGACUCAGUGGGUGUUCCCCUCUCGGCUGCCUCCCCGCAGGUCAAAACACCAGAUAUGGGCUCGCUACCACUUGCAGACUCCACCCUGUUCUCCCCGUCCUCCCCCUCCUUCCCUCCCUUCUCCGGGGAUCUAGAACCAGCCAACGUGGUGCAAAACAACGAACUGGUGCAGCCGCUCGACCACGCCCUCCCAGAACCCAUCCACACUGACGCUUCUGUAGAUUUGAAUCUCGGUGAGCCGGUGACGCAUAACACAGCAGAGCCUCAGCCCUUCACUCGCAGCGUGCAACUUCAGCAGUUUGGCUCUCCGCUGCCAGGACUUAACCAGCUUCCUCAGGAUGACUCAGGCAUUCACUACUCAGCCCCAGGACAGACGGUGCGCAUCUCGUUCGGUGGUUCAAAGCCUAAGAGCGAGGUUCAGGUUUCACCCUUUGCCAGGUCCAACACUGUGGAGAACCCCCGGCCACCACGAGGCGCAAGUCAGGGAGGCAAUGGUGGUGGUCUGGUCAACGCUAUCACUUUUAAGCCUGCAAAACCCACGACGCAGCAGGAGGAAGAGGAUGUGUUCACCACCCCCACUAGUCCCACCAUCACCACCACUGCCACCACCAUCGCUGAGGCAGACACCACCACUGACCCCACCACCACCACCACCACUACUAUUAGCCCAUCACGCCCACACACAAAAAUACGCUUUCGUCCCAUCCCGAAGAGGCCGUUUGCUCCUUCCUUCCCUCCACUGGCCAAGGAAGGAAUUAGACACUUGGGCAAAGUUUCCUUACGGCCAAACUUCUUCAAGUCCCAGAAUUCAGAGAUAGAGGACAUUCCAGCGACAGAUUCCACCCAGGCCAACGAAGAGGAAGCGACGCCAGUGAGUGAAGGAGAGGCAGAGGAAAGCACCACGGAGGCAGCACCUGUGUUGGGCGGUGUCCCCAGCACCACGGAUAGCACCACCACCACCACCACCGUCACCAGCACCAGCAGCAGCACUACAAGCAGCAGCACAAGAAGCAACGGUGGUUUUGUGUUCCCCAAGAGGCGUAACGUGACUUUGCCCUUCGGUACUCGCCUGGCCAGACGCAGACGCCCCCUGCUUACUAACAAGUCCUCUGGUAAUUAACUAACACCUUCACUCACUCCUCCUCCUCCCUGAGACCCUGCUGCUGCUGCCCCUGCUUGACUGCUGCCCGAUGCCCUCCACUUCCCUGCCCUCACCUCGUCUCACCUCAUCCCUUCCUAGUUUCUUCAACUCUCACUAACUAGGAAAGAUCGUAUACUCAAAUAUUUCGUCUUUCUACACACCUCUCCCAGGGCUCUCGUGGAAAUUAUUGGGGUUUUCUCAAGAGUGUAUCAAUAAUUCUUGUAAUAGUAAUAGGAGUUUAUAUUAUCAAUGGGGGAUAAGCACUCUUUGAAAACCCUACUUAUUUAUGUUACCUCUGAAAAUGGUCUUAAUGGAAGCCAGAAGCCUGUAAGAAUACCACUAAUGAUAUUACAACUAGAUAAUGUUAGGAUGAAGCUAAUAAUCCUUCAAGCUUUCAGUUAUCCUUUACUCAGCUUACUAAUAUCACCGUCCACCUGUUUGAUUAAUACAGGUCACCCUCUCCUGCCAUAACCUCGAGUCUUAUCCUCCCAUCCUCUUCCCUCCAUCUCCAGCCCAGCAAACUAACCCCAACCACACCUCUAUUCCCCGGCCGUCCCCAGCCUCCACCACAACAGCAUCCCAGCAAAAGCCUCGUCCUCGUCCUCGGCCUUCCACUCACUCCCACACCCACUCCACCACCAACAAGAACCCGCAUCCCGCACCCCAGCACCAGUCCCGCGCCCCACGCACCGCCUUCGCUAAUAUACCACCCCCGGUUUUGUCCCCUUCUGGCAUUCCUCUGGUGGUGGUUCCUGUCAGUGCCCCCUCGACUCCUGCCCCAAAAGACCCUCCUCUCCUCCCGAGUCGGAGUCUCCUCCCUCCACCAGUGUUUAGCAAGCCCAGGCCGCCUCCAUCACUACGUCUCCAGCCUCUCUUUGCCCUACAGGAACUUAGAGGCUCUAACCAAGAUGAGUCUUUACCUGAAGAGCGUGAGGUGGAGGUCAGUCACACGCCACCAUUAGACACUGGAAGAAAUGAGGCUCCCCUGAUCCUACAGUCACUCCAGAGUUCACUCAAGGGAGGAAUACACAGGAGUGGUCCCUUAAACAUGUCUGACUCUCCCUGGGUGCCUCUCUACCCUGCUACCACCACCACCAGGCCAGACAGACAGUCACAGAUCCCUCAAUUCACCCACAGCAAGUCCUUCCCUCAGCCUAUUUCAUCCAGCCGCACCAGUUCAUCCAAGGCAUUCCCUAAGGCGCCCAAACGCUCUCCCGGCAAGGACUCUGAGGAGGAUGCCAUCAGGGAAGCUAUGAUUGAGCUUCAGAGGCUUAAUUAAUACGGGAGGUUCAACUAAGAGGCUCAUCCAUUUACUCAUCCACCCACUCACUCACCUACCUCCACGUGCGUCUGUAUAUAUUUGUAUGUUAUGCUUGAUCGGUUUAUAUACAAUUUUUUUCCUGACUCACUGGCUCACUCCCUCAUUCAUUCUUGAUUCAAUAUUCUCUCUCUCUCUCUCUCUCUCUCUCUCUCUCUCUCUCUCUCUCUCUCUCUCUCUCUCUCUCUCUCUCUCUCUCUCUCUCGUACUUGACUUAUUUCCCUCUCUCUCCAUCACUUACUCACUCACAUCCCGGUGCAUUCAGUAUUCACUCAGCCUUAACUCUCUCUCCUUCCCACCCUCCCUCACUCACAUCCCGGUGCAGCCAGCCAAUAAGUCCCUCACCCAUCCCAAUCCUCCCGUCCUCCCUUAAUUCUUCCGUGCCCUCACAGCCCCUCGCUCAAACUUCGCGUCGCAGUCAGCUAACCAAGCAACAGAGUCUUCGAGAGAACAAGCGCUCAACCAAAAAAAGGCUGCUUCUAUUUAAGUCCUCCCGCAAACAGUUACCGAAGGAAUUGAUGUCAGAUUUCACAAAGCAAGCCUGGAUUAGGUAUUUAACUGUGUCGCUUCCUUCUCCAGUUCUUCUUGGUAUUUAAGGAACGCUUGAUAUUAUGUAAAGCAGUUCGUUGGUUCGUCUAUUGGCUGUUUAAUCGAUUAAUACGCAAAGUUAACAAGGAUUUCCUGACAUCACUUCUCCCUGGUGACUGUUGUACUGUACGUGUAACCCAGGAUGUAAAGUUAAAUCAAAACCACAAUGGUGUGUUUUAUAGUUAUGUUAAUACUCGUUUUUUUUUGUAUCGUGUUUUUACGGCAACUGGCACUGCGGCGGACGAUACCAGCUGGACACGAGAGCACGAGAGAAGCCACACCACCUCUGACCGAAUCGUUAAUUAAGUUCUUUCCUUCUCAGGUGAGGCACUACAGGUAACGGAGACCAAUUAACGAAUAACACUUAGAAUGAUAAACAAUGGAAAAGUUAAUUGUUUACACUGCGCUGGAAUUUGGCGCGUGUUUCGUAGUAUUAAUAUUAUUAUUCUCUUUUUUUCUUUUACUCAUUAUACAAUUCGGUUUCAGCAAUUUCUUCUCUUUUGUUAUCUCUCCCUUUCGGUGUGUGUGUGUGUGUGUGUGUGUGUGUGUGUGUGUGUGUGUGUGUGUGUGUGUGUGUGUCAGUGAGUCCAGCCCAGCAGUGUCAGUCAAUGUUUAUUAUUAAGUGUGUUUUGAUGUGCUGCCGGUCAGUGCAUAAGCCAAGGUUGUCUCUUGUCUCUUUUGUAAAUAAAAAGUACAAAUUGUAAA